GGGCGGGUUAUCGAGGGGCGGGGGGAAAAGCGGCGGCUGCCGGCGCAGGCGGAGCCCGCCCUGCCGCCGCCGGCUCUUCGGCCGCUUCUCGCCAUGGGGCUGCAGCCCCGGCGCGCAGCGGGGCCCUGUCCGCCCGCGGGGAGAUGCGCCGCCCUGGCCGGGGCCCCGCGCAGCGCGGCUGCCUGGGCCCGCGGCGAGGAGCCGGAGGGGGCUCCCGGCCGCGCCGCCUCCCUGCCGCCCAUCCUGCCGGCGCCCGCCGCUUCCCCCGGCGCCGCCCGGGCGCAGCCCAAGAAGGCGCCGGCGGCGGCCCCCAAGAAGGCUGCGCCUCGGCCGGCGGAGGAGAGGGCGGCCAGGAAGGCGCGGGCGGCGCCCCCGGAGCGGGCGGGCCCCCUCUCCAGCUCCUGGCCCUGCGCCUCCCUGCAGCGGCAGCCGCCGCGGAGGCCGCCGGCCGAGCGGGGGGCGCGGCCCCAGCCCGCCCCGCCGCAGCCGCGGGGCCGCCCGCGGGCGCCGGGGCCGGGCAGCCGCUCCUGCGAGAGCCUGGGCGGGGCGGCGGGGGAGACGGCGCCGCGGUUCUCGCUGAGCCUGCCGCCUGAGGCCGUGCGGGUGCUGCAGCGCCGCAGCCUGGAGCGGCAGCGGGGGCAGCCCGCCCCCUCCCCCGGCGGCAGAGCGGGGCCGGGGCCGACCCCGGCGCGGCGCGGAGGCCGGGCGGGCGGCGGCGACUUGCGCGCCCUGCUGAAGAUCUCGCUGCUCAACGACAGGCACCGCUACGACGACGAGGAGUACGAGGAGGAGGAGGAGGCGGCGGCGGGGGCCGCGGUGGACGAGGGGCUGGUGCGGAAGUGCACCGAGUGGCUGCGCGGCGUGGAGAGCGCGGCCGGCCGCGACCGAGACCGCCCCGACAGGCUGGAGACGCUGCCGCACCUGGGCACCCUCUGAGCCCCCGCCGGCGGAGCGGGGCCCGCGGCCUCGGCGGCGGGGCCCGCGGGCCGGAGCCGGUCCCCGGGAAGGGGCCGGCGCUGGGGCGAGGGACAAAGGAGCGGCGGCGGGAGGGAGAGGGGCCGGCUGUGGGCGUCCUGCCUCCCCUGCCCGGUUUUUUUAAGACUCUCGACUACUUUGUAAGAUGCGCGUAAUGAUUUUGUAUAUUUGUACAUAAAAGCUCAUUUUUAUUUAUUUGAAUAAAUGGCUGUUGCGUUGCA